AUGUCGCAGGCUGAGGGGACUCGUAGUGAGUCUAUUGAUGAACCGCGUGCAGACGAUGACAAGAAGGUCAAGAGUCGCCGACCAGCCAAUACUGCUUUUCGCCAGCAAAGAUUGAAAGCAUGGCAGCCAAUCCUGACCCCUAAAAGCGUUCUGCCACUCUUCUUUAUUGUCGGCGUGAUAUUUGCCCCCAUCGGCGGUGUUCUUCUCUGGGCAAGCUCUUUAGUCCAGGAACUAUCUAUAGAUUACUCCGAUUGCUCGAGACUGGCACCGUUGAAAGGUACCUCCGACGCCAGUCCUGUUCCUACUUAUUCGGCGACCUUCAAAUCUAAAAUGCCAAAUCCCCCUACCUGGCAAAGAUCUUUUGACUCUGCGAACGCCACCAUCUGCCAUCUCGGGUUCGACCUCCCGGAUGAGCUUCCAGCACCCGUAUUUAUGUACUACCGCCUCACCAACUUCUAUCAGAACCACCGUCGAUAUGUCCAGUCGCUCGACCUGAAUCAACUCAAGGGAGACGCUGUCUCCUACAGCACAAUCAAUGGUGGCACAUGUGACCCUUUGGCAGUCAAUGCGACAGCCAAAAAGGUGUACUACCCAUGUGGACUGAUUGCCAACUCAAUGUUCAAUGAUUCCAUCGGCAACCCGGAGAUCAAUUCGGCUACAGGAUCAGCAAACGGGGAGAAAACCUACUAUAAUAUGACCAAGAAGGGGAUCGCAUGGGAAAGUGAUAAGGAAUUGAUUAAGAAAACCAAGUAUACAAGUGAUGAGGUAUUACCUCCGCAAAACUGGGGUUGGGCCGUGAAGGAUGGAGUCUAUACCGAACUGCACAAAUUACACGAAAAUGAAGAUUUCAUGGUCUGGAUGAGAACGGCUGGUCUGCCAUCCUUCAGCAAACUCUCACGCCGCAACGAUGAUGAUCCCAUGCCUGUUGGUCAUUAUUCACUUGCCAUUACCGAUUAUUUCAACGUAACGGAAUAUGCGGGAACAAAGUCAAUCUUGAUCUCUACUCGAACUGUACUUGGAGGAAAAACCCCUUCAUGGGCAUUGCUUAUGUAG